UACUUUCAUAGAUCUGUUCUUUAGAGUCACAGGUGCAGAAGAGCAAAUCAGCAAGAGUGGAAAAGGCACAGACAAUUGUAGAUUUGUAGUAUACUUUUAUAAGGAGAUAAACCACUUCAUUGGGUAAUAGUGAUAACUAAGAAAAUAUUUAUAGUUUGGGGUCCCUUGUGGAAGCAUUAAAUAUAUUUUUAUUCCUAUGGUGUUGUAUUCCUUUAGAUGUUAAUUAGGAGCACUAUGUCUUGAGAAAACCUCAUUACCCACCUGGGGGAGACAGGAAUACCAUUUGUAAAAUUACCGUCUCUUUUCUAUCAUGUUUAAUCUUAUAGGACUGAUCUAAGCCAGGGUGACCCUGUUCAGGAUCAUUUGUUAUUUAAGAAGACUCUCCUGCAAGUCUGGAAGAUGAUUGCCAGUCACAGGUUCAGCAGUCCAUUUCUGAAGCCUGUGUCAGAAAGGCAGGCCUCAGGGUACAAGGAUGUGGUGAAAAGACCCAUGGAUUUAACUACCCUGAAGAGGAAUCUGUCUAAGGGACGGAUUUGUACCAUGGCCCAGUUCCAGCGGGACCUUAUGCUGAUGUUCCAAAAUGCUGUGAUGUACAAUGACUCUAAUCAUCAUGUGUACCAUAUGGCUGUGCAGAUGCAGCGAGAAGUCUUAGAACAGAUUCAGGUACUGUAUGUAGAGAACUGCAAGAUAAAGGAGAGUAGCCUCUGGAGUCUGAUUUCGGAAAGUCUAAGAAUAAGGGUGAUGUUGAGGUGACCUUGUGUUCCCACAGUUUAGAGGUGAUUCAAAGCCCUGAAGGAUUGAUGAUGUGCCUGCCAAUUUGGAAAGCUCUGAGCCUCUCUAGAUCCAGCUUUAACAGAUAAUGAACUAGUCUAGGUAGGCAGGCAGCAAUGAAGGGCAUUCGAGAGAGCUGGGCAUAGAUAAGUAAUUCCACAGCCUUAAGUCAGAGGGCUAAACAUGCCAGACCAGAACAGAGGCUGUCCAUUUUUUGGUUGCUACAUCUGUUGAUAUUAAUGUAUGUUCACACUUUACCAUUUUCAGGAGAUAAGACAUACAUAGUAGGUAGAAGACAUUUGAGGGUUUUUUUCUGGGCAGCAUCAUACUUAAAAAAAUAUAUAUAUUUAUAGUUGAAUCUAUCCUAAAAAAGAAAGAAAAUUGUAUUCAAUCCUUUGUAGCUUUUAAAAUUCCUAGCUUGUUAUUUGUGCCAUGACCUUGUAGGUGCUGAGUAUUUGGUUAGACCAAAGAAGAGACUUAAGUAGUCUGGAAUGAGAACCAGCCAACCCAGUGGGAGAUGGAAAACCUGUUUUGUUAACCUGGAGCUGCUACCCUGACAUUUUCUGAAGUUUGGACCUCUCUCUGUGAGACUCUAACCCAGAGAAGAUCCUGGUAUUUCUCUCUUGUUGUUUCUUAUAAGAGUAAUGCUUUAACUUACAACCAAGGAGUCAAAGUAGCCUGUGGACAUAAUAAAAAGAAAAAGUCAGAUCACUGUACUAGCCUGCUGCUGCUGCUGCAAAAAAAAAAAGUUGAGAUUUGGGUUUAUAUCAUAAAUGUUAUCCACAACCUUGUUCCAUAGGCUUAAUUUAGAGGUAAUUAGAUGAAACCUUUCACUGGUGUUCUAAAAAAUAAAUGUUAUUUCACAAACCAAA